UUGAAGUUGAAGAAAUUUGCAUCGAAACGGGAAGGCAGCAAUUCGUUAGGGAACGUGUAACAGUUUUACCAGAAUUGACAAGCUUUCCUGCAAUAGCUCAGAAUGAACUACCAGACGAUAUGCAUACAGUUUCUAUCGACCAAUCAGAGGUCAUCGAGUCACGGCAACAAAAAGUCCUGACCAAUGGAUGGAUGGGUGAGGGAUCUAAAUCACUCCGUAUCCCCUCGUGCUCCACAACACCUCCUGUGUCCCCCAACAAUCGGCGUAGAUCCCUUGGCGUACUCAGGACGCCUGCAUGGAGCCUAAGAAUGUAUCGGGAUCCGAACAAAACGGAGUUCAGCCCACGUAGUCCAUCAUCAACGAGGCGAAGAUCUCUUGUGCUUCCUCUGCCUCACGUGCCUGGCGAGAGUAGCCCGUGUUUCCUCAGAAGGAAACCACUGGUAUCCCCUGAUGUAUCAGAGUUAACAACACCCAAAGUUUCGAUGAACUUGAGUAAGUCAGCGGAAGAACUAGACAACUCGUGCGAUGAACGAUUGGACUUGCAGGUUGGAAACACGACACAAAGUGAAGAUAACCAUGGUUUUGACAGCGAACCGAGAGAAAUGAAAACAGACUCUGAAGAAGAGUUUCAAGACUUUCGUCCCCGCUUGCGUAGCCGGUCAUUGGAUGAUUCUUGCACACAAGCGAGAAAGAAUGUUUUGCAAAACUUAAUAGAACGACCACAGAACCCUCCUCGAAAAGACAGGCGAAAGUCGUUCGAAGUUUGGCUGACAGGCAAGGAACAAGAAACCAUCAGAAAACUUCAAAUGUUGACGCUGGAGAAGCAGCGAGCGACCGAGGAAGAAGCCAAGAGGAAGGAACAACGAAAAGGGAAGACGUAUGAGGAAUGGCUUGAUGAUAAAAACAACAUGGCGGUCGUGAAAGACGCCGGUUCGAGUUUUAAAAACGAGGGAAUGAGCAAAGAAGAAAGGCAGUUGAUUGCUAAAAGACGAUACGAAAAGUGGUUGAUGGAAAAGGAGACACUGGAUUUAGAAAAAGAGCGAGAAAUGCUGGAAGAAGCGAAAUUAAAGACAAUUGAAAUGCGAAAAAAAUACGAGGAAAAGAAAAAGAAAAGAAUUAAAGUUUUGAUCAGUUCACCGUUUUAAUGAAAAUGCCGGUCAAACGAUUGAAGAAGAUGAACUGGUAAUGUUAACACGAUGGGCAAGAUAAAGAAUAAUUGAGAUCAUUUUAAUAAUUUAGUUAAAAAGAACUGUUUCCUCAACGCUAAUAUAUGACUUAACAU